AUGUCAGACAGACGGGCAAAGUUCAAGGCUCGCGCGCCCGGUCUCCGCCUCCGCGACUCCUUCAACAACAUCGAGACAGAUGCCCAGCACCAUUUGGCUGGCCCCUUCAGGCCGCAGACGCCUCUGAACGCACAGUACGACUCUCCCGUAAAUUCCCCCGCAAGCCCCGCUGGCAGAUUAGACCCUUGGUCCACCAAGUCUGCAGGCUUCGUGGCCGAUCUUUGCUCCUCUAGAUGGGUGGUUGUACCAUGGUCCUCCUUCAAAUUACUCCUCAUUGUUGUCGUCCUCUACUGCAACUGGGAGGUUGUGACGCCCUACGUUGCUCCUGGAACUCCCAACCCAUUCGCGCCCCUCCUCUUCAUCUCCCACUAUAUCCCCACCUCGUCCCCGGAUGACCCGCGCUAUGCAAAGGGCUACUUGGAUCUUGUGUUCAUCGCGUACUAUAUCGUCUUCUGGUCUUGGGUCCGGCAGGUUGUAACUCUUCAUGUGUGUGGGCCAAUAGCGCGGUGGUUUGGUAUCAAGAGGCACGCGAAGCUCGCACGGUUCGGAGAGCAGGGAUACGCGAUGCUCUACUUCAUCGUCAUGGGCGCAUGGGGAAUUCGCAUCAUGUCCCAACUGCCGACUUGGUGGUACCGUACGGAGUACUUCUGGAUCGAUUAUCCGCAUUGGGACAUGAAGCCCGAGCUUAAAUGCUACUAUCUCAUGCAAGCAGCUUACUGGUGUCAGCAGCUCGUGGUUCUAUUGCUUAACCUUGAAAAGCCGCGGAAGGACUACGCCGAACUUGUCGCGCACCACUUCGUCACGCUGUGGCUCGUCGGGUGGAGCUACCUGGUCAAUCUCACCCUCAUUGGGAAUGCGGUGUAUCUCAGCAUGGAUGUCCCGGAUGCCUUCCUCGCCUUCUCCAAACUUCUCAACUACAUACAAUGGGAACGUGCGAAGACAAUCUCCUUCGUGAUAUUCAUGUUUAUCUGGUCGUAUUUCCGACACUGGAUGAACCUCGUCAUGCUAUACUCGGUGUGGACCGAAUUCGAUCUGAUGCCAGAAAUUUCGAAACGCUGGUCUCCUAAGGACGGCGUCUGGAUGGUGUGGUGGAUGAAGUAUCAAAUCUUUGCGCCCAUUCUACUUUUGCAGUUCCUCAACCUAUUCUGGUAUGCCCUCAUCUGGCGAAUAGCCUUGCGGGCAAUCUUUGAUGCGCAGCCGAAUAUUACCGACGAGCGCUCAGACGACGAGGGCGAGGACGAGCCGGACGACGAUGAUAAGGAGGACUAA